UACAAAUUUCAAUGAAGUUAAUUGGGGAUGGCCGAACAUCCAAGGUCUAUCGGUUAGAGAAUGGCUUGGUUUUCAAGACACCAAGGAUCACAGAUUUCGCCAAUUUUUCAGCGGAAUUCGAAAGAGCUAUAGAGGUAGAGAAAGCACUUCUGCUGAGGCUGGGAGUACAUCCAAGAAUUAUCCAGUAUCAUGGGCCUUACAGCAUGGAGAAUUUGAAGGACGGUUUAUUACUUGGAGAAGCAAAUUGUGGAACCCUUCAAUCGUAUAUUGACAACGAUAAUAAUGCCAACCAACUCACCGACGCAAUUCGGAAGACGUGGUGCCUUCAGAUUGCUGAAGCUGUUGCGUAUAUUCACGAAAAGGGUAUCGUCCAUCGCAACCUAAGCACUGACAACAUCUUGCCUCACAAGACACAGAAAAGUACCGACAUUGUCCUUGCUGAUUUUGGUAGCUCCCGAUGUGAAGAGCUAGGCUUUCCCGGCGACCUAAUUCCUGAUCCACCAUUCCUCGAUCCACAGUCAGACUUUGCGUCGCCGCGGGUUGACGUAUUCAGCUUAGGCAUUGUUCUCUACAUAAUUGCAACAGGCAAUUAUCCUUUUCACACACGUCCUGCGCCUGAUGUCUGGAACUUGGAUACAUACCAGCAAAGUGUGGAAGACAAAUUUCGCCAGGGUAUCUUUCCGCCGCUUGACAAUGUACUUUUUGGUGAGGUGAUUGCAGGAUGCUGUCGCGAGCACUGCUUUGAGUCUGGGAAAGAGGUCCUUGCGGCGCUGGGAGCGUGUGAUGGAAUUUCAUGGUGAAGGCUGUCUUCUGGAUUUUGGUAUUCUUUGUAUCGAAAACACAAGGUUAGGCUGCAUGAAGGUAGAUUCUUCUUAGCCAUCUGCUAUGGCAGGCUCAAGUGAGGACCAGAAGAUCCACACGGGUUUUGAAUGUAUGAACUACUCCUUAUCGG